AUGAAAUUCCAGGACGGUACUGAUAAGGGGUUCCUGUUGAACUAUGUUCAAUUACCUGUCCCACAAAGAUUAAAUAUUUUACUAUUUAUAGCAAUAUGGCUUUGGUAUUUUAUUGUAAAAUACCUAAACAGUAAUAAAAUAAACAUAUCUGACGUUUUACAGCUGAAAUUACGGAAUGAUAUGCAUCAGGCUCCAACAAAUGGACAAUUAUUAAGAUUUUCUUACGUUUUUGCUUGGAAAGUAACCAAGAUUUUUGUGUUCACUCACUCUAUUGUGUUGUUGGUAUUUAGUAAUAGCAACGAACAUGAUACAUCGGGAAUUCAAUACAUAUUAGUUCAUGCGUUGCCAUUAUUACAAUUUUUGGUAUUAAUUAUUUUGAUAUUAAGAGAAUCUGAAAUCAUUAGAUAUUGUUCUACGAGACUUUUAUUGAUUGAACCAAACCCUCGAAUCCUACGUAAUGUAUACAUUUUGAUAUCGGAUACAUUGACAUCGUUCAAUAAACCGCUGAUCGAUUUUACAUUAUUUACUUCAUUAUUAUUUGGAAAACCAAUGACACAUUUUGAUCUUUUUCUAUCUUCAUUACCAUCUGGUGUGAGAAUCUUUCAAUGUUUAAGAGAAUACCAAUUACUACAUGACACUGAAUUAUUAAUGAACGCUGGGAAAUAUUGUUCUAACCUUCCCAUAAUAGGAUGCACGUGGUUUAGUAGAACGCACAAUAUGAACAAUGUUUCACAAGUGUUCUACAGUAUUCAAAUGUGUUUCCUAGUGUUGAACUCAUCAUACACAUUUUAUUGGGAUGUCAGAAGAGAUUGGACAAUUCCAUCUAUUUUCACUCUAAGAAAAAACAAAUUAAUAUUUAAGCCUAAAGUUUAUUAUUUUGCAAUUGCUUUAGAUUUUACUAUUAGAUAUUGGUGGAUAGGGGUCGCCGUAUAUACCCAAAAUAAGUCGAUCAAUCACAUUUUCUUCAAAUAUGAGUUAUAUUAUUUUGAAAUCAUACGAAGAGCCAUUUGGAUCAUAUUCAAACUGGAAUCUGAGUAUGCUAAUAGACCAAUAAAAUCAUAA